AUGUUGGGCUUUCUAGCUUCAUCAUUAUUAGCUAUAAGCAUCAUCUGCUCGGCUGAUCCCGGACAGGCCGGCCCGCUCGAUCCGGUCCUCAACUGGGCCCGGAUGGAUAACAUCAAUCUUCCCUGGUUGCCAUAUGAGAACAUGACGCGCUGCUACGGGGAGCUGGGCUGCCUGAACAUCACGAAGGACUGGUACCACCUGAUCUUCCGGCCGUUCAACGUGUUCCCGCUGCCCCGGAGCGUCAUCAACACGCGCUUCAUCCUGUACACCGAGAAGAACCCGACCGACGGCCAGCUGCUGCAGGCGGACACGAAGGACACACUCGUCAAGUCGCACUUCAACCCGGACUGGGACACCAAGUUCAUCAUCCACGGGUUCAUCGACACGCCGCUCUCGAACUGGGUGUCGGAGAUGCGCGACGAGCUGAUCACGCGCGGUUCGCUGAACGUCAUCGUCGUCGACUGGGCGGGCGGAUCGUUGCCACUGUACACGCAGGCCACGGCCAACACACGACUCGUGGGCCUGGAGAUCGCCUACCUGAUCCGCCGGCUCCAGGAAUACCGAGGUCUGCGGGCGGAAAACGUCCACCUGAUCGGACACUCGCUUGGCGCACACACGGCCGCUUAUGCCGGCGAGCGGACACCCGGCUUGGGCCGCAUCACGGGGCUGGAUCCGGCCGAACCGUACUUCCAGGGCAUGGGACCGAUCGUGCGGCUCGACCCGUCCGAUGCCGCCCUGGUCGACGUCAUCCACACGGAUGGACGCAGCGUGUUUCGGCUGGAGAUCCCCGGCUACGGCAUGUCGCACGCCUGCGGCCACCUGGACUUUUACCCGAACAACGGCAAGGAGCAGCCGGGUUGCGCGCUGUCACAGGAGGGCGCCGCCACCAUCCCGCUGACGUUGAUCAAGGACGGCAUCGAGGAAGCGUCCCGGGUUCUUCUCGCCUGCAACCACAUCCGCGCCAUCAAACUCUUCAUCGACAGCAUCAACGGAAAGUGUCCCUAUGUUGCGCAUCGGUGCCCGUCGUACCAGCAUUUUCUCAGCGGCAACUGCUUCAAGUGCACAUCCGGUAACUGCGCCCUGAUGGGUUACCACGCGUCCUUGCCAAUCACCACCGCCAAACAGAAUGUCUCGGAGAACGACGUGAUCAGCGGAUCGUCCAUCGUACCUGUCGCUCCUCAGCCGGGUAAAUACUUCCUCGCGACGGGCCGCGACUUUCCCUUCUGCCAGCGUCAUUAUCGAUUCACGGUCGAGCUGGCGAAGCCGAAAGUGGCCGAACCGUGGGUUCAGGGCCACCUAACGGCCGGCCUUUUCUCGGAACGGGGCGCCCUACGUAAUAUCGACCUCACGCCGAAGGGAACGGCCCGCCUGGAGCACGGUACCACGUACCAAGUGGUCGUCACGAACCCGCACGAUCUGGGCGAUCGCAUCCGGAAGGUGGAGCUCUCCUGGACACACGACAUGAACGUCCUCGAGCCGACCACACUCUGCUUGUUCUGGUGCAACAGCCACCUGUACGUGAAGUCGAUCCAGGUCGAAACGAUGCAGAUGCCAUCGCGAGAGAAACGCAACAUCGAGUAUCCAAAUAAACUAUGUGCGCCCAAGCGCGAAUACGCCGACAUUGCCAGCCGCGGCUCGUACUCGUUCUACGAUAACUGCAAGCGAUAG